AUGGCGGACGACAAGCUUCGCCGACAACGUUUGUGGAAGAGCAUGCAGCAACGAGGCUUGCAGAAGUUCAUGCACCAACGGCCGGGUGAUUUCCUCCGCCGCGCCAAGAAGGGCAUUCCCGCGGAGUACCGCGCGGAGGUUUGGAAGACUGCGCUGAAGGCGGAUGCCCAUGCAAAGGCGGGCCUCUACAAGGAGCUGCAGAUGGCUGAGAAUGAGUUUUUGCACCUCAUCGAGAUCGACAUCCCAAGGACCUUCCCAGAAGACCCGAAGUUCGGUCCCCGGCAGCAAGAAAGUUUGUUUCGCAUCUUGAAAGCCUAUGCGAACCUUUGUCCAGAUGUGGGAUACUGCCAAGGGAUGAACUUCAUCGUGGGGCUUUUGCUUCUGGUCGCGUUCCUGGAGACAGGGAUCGAUGCGGUGAAGCGGAGCUGUUUGGGCUUUGACAAAUGGGCAGUUCAUGAUGUGGUGCAGGGUGGGGCCUUUGGGGGCGACGACCGCGAUUUGCCGCCGGAGAUGGAAGAGGAGCUGGAUGUUUUGGGUGGAGGCUCUAGAAGCACCAGGGAGACAUUUUGGAUGUUCUUCAGCCUCAUGGAGUGUAGCUGCUCGUCUAUAGAGGAGGAUGAGCAGAGACGCUGGCGGGAAAUUGGGAGCACGCGCUGCAUGUUGCGACUCUGUCGGGUUGUGGUGGCGAAUGCGAAGGGCAACGUUUGUUCCAAGUUAAGUUCGAUUUCCGUGCCUGAAGACCAGCAACAUCAUCCAGCUGUGGCUUCCCAUGACUUUCAAAAGCUGUGA